AGCGGAGCCCCGUGGCCGGGCGGCGGAGUCGGAGGCGGCCGGGUGGGCUCCGGUGGGGGCCGCCGCCUCUUCGGGAAGCCGAGCGAGCCGCCAGAUGAUCGGGAGGCGGUCCCUGCUCGGCCUCACCUUUUGCAUCUGCUACCUGGCUUCUCACCUCACGAACAAGUAUGUCCUGUCUGUCCUGAAAUUUACCUACCCUACGUUAUUCCAAGGGUGGCAGACCUUCCUCGGUGGACUUCUGCUUCACGUGUCAUGGAAACUGGGCUGGGUGGAGAUCACCAGCAGCUUAAGAUCUAAUGUUUUGGCAUGGCUUCCUGCUUCAGUGCUGUUCGUGGGUAUAAUCUAUGCAGGGUCCAGAGCUUUGUCCAGAUUGGCUGUUCCCGUGUUUUUCAUUUUGCAUAAUGUAGCUGAAGUUCUCAUCUGCGGGUACCAGAAGUGUGUCUGGAAAGAGAAAACAUCGCCCACAAAGAUCUGUAGUGCCCUCUUCCUCGUGGCUGCUGCAGGGUGCCUUCCCUUCCAGGAUGCGCAGUUUGAUCCAGAUGGCUAUUUUUGGGCUGUAAUUCACUUAUUUUGUGUAGGGGCUUACAAAAUACUUCGGAAAUCCCAGAAGCCCAGCGUGUUAAGUGACAUUGACCAGCUCUUAAACUAUAUAUUCAGUGUGGCACUCCUGGUAUUUGCGUCUCAUCCCACAGGUGACCUCUUCAGGGCCCUGGACUUUCCAUUCCUGUAUUUCUACAGUUUCCACGGCAGCUGCUGCGCCAGCGGAGUUUUAGGAUUCUUUCUCAUGCUCAGCACAGUAAAGCUGAAAAGCAUUCUGGCCCCAGGGCAGUGUGCAGCCUGGAUUUUCUUUGCUAAGGUCACCACAGCUGCCUUGUCACUGGUGCUGUUUGACGUGAUCCUGACCCGUGCAGCUGUGGGAUGCUUCCUGCUUGGUGGCCUUGGCGAGGCCCUGCUGGUUUUCUCAGAGCGGAGGAGUUCCUGAUGAAGAUGGGCAGGAAGAGCAAAUACACGCCUUGCUGCUGGAGCAGAACACAGAACUCUGGCCUCCCUCCUGAGAGACAGAGAGACCAAGCUGAACUCGGUGUUUGCU